AUGACGGAACCCCUUCUCGAAAAGGACCCUGACGACCCUGUCGAGACGGGUCCCGGAGCCUUGGAUCCUAAAGCUCAUCGGGCGAAAGAAGUUACGUCAAGUCUCUUCGCCGUUCAUCGAGGAAGCAACUCGGCGAUCCGUGGUCCCGAUCCCAACGUCCUCCCCGCAGGGAUACACCACGCACCAAACUGGUACACACCACCUCGCCGAUCACCCUUUCGCCUCACCACCGCAAAUCAUGACAGCAUCACUCCCGCCUCGGCGCCGAAAGGGAUGGGAAAACAACCACCUUUGAUGCCGGACAACCGCGUCUCAAAACGUGGAACGAAUCUAGCCCGCCGUCCGAACCACCCCCCGUGGGAAUCAUCUCUCGUCAAACCCAAGUAA